AAGACUUUGAAUGAGAUAGGAUGGAUCUCAAGAUGGGUGGAGCCAGAGCCACACACAGCUGAUUUAUGGGGAAGAUGUUGUCAUUGAUGGCUUCUUGUUUCCUGAGUCGGUUGCAAGAAGGAAACUACAUCAGAUGGUGGUGAACCAAAGUGUCAGGGCAAAACCCCUCCCCACACAUCCUGGGGACAAAGCGGGCAGGAGGGAGCUGCGAUUGCCCUCGUCCCACUUCUUCCUUUGAACUGUAAAACUGAAGAGGACAUCUUGGUCCUGGCAGAAAGGACGCUAUGAUCAUAGAAUUUCUGUCCCUGCUUUGCCUCGGGCUUUGUCUGGGCCAUGAAGAUGAGAAAAAGAAUGAGAAGCUUCCCAAACCCUUCCUCAUCGCCUUGCACAGAACAGUGGUUGAACGCAGUACUAAUGUGACCCUGAAGUGCCAGUCUCCCUUCCAGAAUGUGACAUUCAUGCUGGGGAAAUCACAGGAUCCUAGGUACAAGCAGGAGCAGAUAGCAACAGGAAAUGAGACUAAAUUCCUCCUCACUGACCUGGAGCCUAGGGAUGCUGGAACUUACUUUUGUUCCUACAAAACAACAGCCUCCCACGAGUGGUCAGAGAAGAGUGAACACCUGCAGCUGAUGGUCACAGACAACCACACUGGACAUGGAGCUUCUUCAAUAAAAACAGACACCAGUGUCAUCGCUGUCACCACCUUCAGCUGCCUUUCCAUCUUUCUCCUUUUCCUCUCAGUCCUCUUCAUCUACAGAUGCACUCGGCAUGGCUCAUCACAUGAAGAACCCACCAAGAGAACCAGCAAUUCCGAAUUUCCCGUGCAGGAGGCUACAGAUGCAGAUUUAUCCAAGCUGGAAAGGAUAUGUAUCUUGACCGACGACCCCCAAGGAGUGACCUAUGCCGAGCUAAACACCAAGACACCAUCUGAGGCAGCUUCUGUCCCCACCGAGGAUCCCCUGGGAUCUUGUGAAUAUGCGACACUGAAGGUUUAGAAGGAGAAUAGCAGGAACCACUAGAGGACGGGCUUCUUCCCUGGGAAGGGGAGUAUAGAUGAAGACGGCUGAGAUGACUGGACAUAUGGAAAUCAGGUCACUCUGUGUUCUUCGCUCAAAAAUCCAUGAUAACAAGAUUAAGUUUCUCUCUUUUUGCUUCUACACCUCUCAAAAAUUACUGGAUGGGUUUUCCCAAAAUUUGGAGUGUGACUUUAGUAUGGUUUGAUUUAAAACAUAGGCUAAGAAUAUGUAUUAUAUAUAUGGGCUGGUGGUACUCAUAAUAUUCAUGUAGGGAGUUCUGGACGGCACCAUGUAAAUAGAAUAUGAUUCACCAGAGAAGCCCAUGUGGUUGCUGAUGGGUGAGGCAUCCCAUAGAUGCAGCGAUUUUGAAAAGGACCACAAAAUACGAGACACUCAGUUGUGAACUAACAAAAGCAUCCCUAAGUAGCAUUCACCCAGGUAAACAGCUAAAUGUAUUUGCUUCACGAUUCUUUCAUGCUGCACUGGGCAGCCAUCUAGACCCAAGUCAAGACCAGUUUCCUC